GCCGCCUGCCGCGGAUCGCGUGGUCGGCUCGGCUCGCCGCGCCUCUCCCCCGUCCGUCCAUAUUGCUGCAGCCCCCGAGCCGGGAAGCCCGGGCCGCCCCGGCGGCGGGGGGGAGGGAGGUACGGGACGAGAAGCCUGCCAGGCUCGGGGUGGGGGUGCCUUGCGAGGAACGGGCGGGGGGGGACGCGCGCCAAGGAGGCCUGGACCGCAGAGUGGGGGGCCUUCCACCCCCCCCCGCCCCGCCAGCGGCCUGGGAUCUAAGGCGGCUGCAUCCAACCGGGAGUGGGACCGCGCCUAGCGUGAACCCCGACCCUUCUCCGCAGGGACUGGGGCCCAGCUCUCCGGAGGAAGGCGUCGCGGGCGCUCUGAGAGCCAAGUUCGAGGCGGGGGAGGCCGCCUCGGGCGCGCCCGGCUUCUCCGGGGGGGCGGGCGCGCAGAUGGCCACUCAGGUGGAGCCGCUGCUGCCGGGGGGCGCCCCGCUCUUGCAGGCCGAAGAGCAUGGGGGGCUGGUAAGGAAGAAGCUGCCGCCGCCGCCCGAAGGCAAGGGCGAGCCCGGGGCGAACGACGUCGGAGGGGGGGAGUCGGACGGCGGCGCCCGGAGACCUCGGCCGCCCUGCGCCAAGCCACACAAGGAGGGUACCGGGCAACUGGAGCGCGAGAGCCCGCGGCCCCCGCAGCCACCCGGCGCCGAGGGCCUGGCCUUCAGUGACGGGGAGGAGGGCGGCGGCGGCGAGCCGGGCGCUGGUGGAGGAGCGGCCGGAGCCGCGGGCGCCGGGCGCCGAGACUUCGUGGAGGCCCCUCCGCCCAAGGUGAACCCGUGGACUAAGAACGCUCUGCCGCCGGUCCUGGCCACCGUGAACGGACAGUCCCCUCCAGACCACAGAAGUAUAUAUACCCAACCGGAAAACUUUCUGGGAGAGGACCCACACCAAUCUUUAGACAGCAGGAAUCUCUACGGGAGCCUGGUGGCCCAGCCUGGAGGUCCCAGCUCUGCCCCUCUGGCCACCCUGAGCAGGUACAGGGUGGUGACUUGUAUGGUUCCUGAGCUGGACUGGGGUCAGGGGCGGCUGGAGCAAGUUUCAGAAUUCAGAGAACAUUCUGCUCCAGCCAAGGUGGUGAGAGCAGCAGUUCCUAAACAGCGCAAAGGCAGCAAGGUUGGUGACUUUGGAGAUGCAAUCAACUGGCCCACACCUGGAGAGAUAGCCCACAAGAGUGUGCAGCCACAGUCCCACAAGUCUCAACCUGCCCGUAAGCUGCCACCCAAAAAGGACAUGAAGGAACAGGAGAAAGGAGAGGGGAGCGAUAGUAAGGAGAGCCCAAAAACCAAAUCGGAUGAAUCGGGGGAGGAGAAGAAUGGGGACGAGGACUGCCAGCGAGGGGGGCAGAAGAAGAAAGGGAACAAACACAAGUGGGUCCCCUUGCAAAUAGACAUGAAGCCUGAAGUGUCCAGAGAGAAACUGACCUCCCGCCCUGCUCGUCCGCCAGAGCCACGACACACCCCUGCCAAUCGCGGGGAGAUCAAAGGCUCUGAGCCUGCCACCUACGUGCCUGUGCCUGUGGCCCCCCCCACCCCAGCCUGGCAACCAGAGACCAAACAGGAACCUACCUGGCACGAUCAGGAUGAGACAUCGAGUGUGAAGAGUGAUGGGGCUGGUGGGGCACGGGCUUCCUUCCGCGGCCGUGGACGGGGGCGUGGUCGCGGCCGGGGACGCGGCCGGGGUGGCACUCGAACCCAUUUUGACUACCAGUUUGGCUACCGGAAGUUCGAUGGUGCAGAGGGGCCUCGAACCCCCAAGUACAUGAACAACAUCACCUACUACUUUGACAAUGUCAGCAGCACCGAGCUUUAUAGCGUGGACCAGGAGCUGCUCAAAGACUACAUUAAGCGUCAGAUUGAGUACUACUUCAGCGUGGACAAUUUAGAGCGAGACUUCUUCCUGCGAAGGAAAAUGGAUGCCGACGGUUUCCUUCCCAUCACUCUUAUUGCUUCUUUCCACCGAGUGCAGGCCCUUACCACUGACAUUUCACUCAUCUUUGCGGCGCUAAAAGACAGCAAAGUGGUGGAGAUCGUUGAUGAGAAAGUCCGCAGGAGGGAGGAACCAGAGAAGUGGCCUCUUCCUGGUCCCCCGAUAGUGGAUUACUCCCAGACCGAUUUCUCCCAGCUUCUCAACUGCCCUGAGUUUGUGCCCCGCCAGCACUACCAGAAGGAGACAGAGUCGGCGCCUGGCUCUCCUCGUGCAGUCACCCCAGUGCCAACCAAAACAGAGGAGGUCAGCAACCUAAAGACACUGCCCAAGGGCCUGUCUGCCAGCCUGCCUGACCUGGAUUCCGAGAACUGGAUCGAAGUGAAGAAGAGGCCUCGGCCCUCUCCAGCACGACCCAAGAAGUCAGAGGAGCCCAGGUUCCUCCACCAGACCGCUCUGCCUCAGCAGCUGCCCUCUCAGCAGCUGAUGUCCAAGGAUCAGGAUGAGCAAGAGGAACUGGAUUUCCUGUUUGACGAGGAGAUGGAGCAGAUGGAUGGGCGGAAAAACACCUUCACCGCCUGGUCUGAUGAGGACUCUGACUAUGAAAUUGACGACCGGGACGUCAACAAGAUCCUUAUUGUCACUCAGACGCCGCCUUACAUGCGCCGGCACCCAGGGGGGGACCGCACAGGCAACCACACCUCGCGUGCCAAGAUGAGUGCCGAGCUGGCCAAGGUCAUUAACGAUGGGCUCUUCUACUAUGAGCAGGACCUGUGGACUGCGAAGUUUGAACCUGAGUAUUCCCAGAUCAAGCAAGAAGUCGAGAACUUCAAGAAAGUCAACAUGAUCAGCCGGGAGCAGUUUGACACACUAACCCCUGAGCCCCCAGUGGAUCCCAACCAGGAGGUCCCUCCUGGGCCACCCCGAUUCCAACAAGUUCCCACUGAUGCCCUGGCCAACAAGUUGUUUGGUGCUCCUGAGCCCUCUACUAUCGCCCGCUCUCUACCAACCACUGUUCCAGAGUCGCCAAACUACCGCAAUGCCAGGACCCCUCGCACUCCCCGGACACCGCAGCUCAAAGACUCAAGCCAGACGUCACGGUUUUACCCGGUGGUGAAGGAAGGACGGACACUAGAUGCCAAGAUGCCUCGGAAAAGGAAAACAAGACACAGCUCCAACCCGCCCUUAGAGAGUCACGUGGGCUGGGUGAUGGAUUCCCGAGAACACAGGCCCCGGACUGCUUCCAUCAGCUCCAGCCCCUCAGAAGGGACGCCUACGGUUGGCAGCUAUGGCUGUACCCCUCAGUCGCUGCCCAAGUUCCAACAUCCUUCCCAUGAACUGCUCAAGGAAAAUGGCUUCACACAACACGUCUACCACAAGUAUCGUAGGCGCUGCCUUAAUGAGCGGAAACGCUUGGGCAUUGGCCAGUCUCAGGAGAUGAACACUCUCUUCCGCUUUUGGUCCUUCUUCCUCCGAGAUCACUUCAACAAAAAGAUGUAUGAGGAGUUCAAGCAGCUAGCUCUGGAGGAUGCUAAAGAAGGCUACAGAUAUGGUUUGGAGUGCCUUUUUCGAUACUACAGUUAUGGCCUGGAAAAGAAGUUCCGGCUGGAUAUAUUCAAGGAUUUUCAGGAGGAAACCGUGAAGGACUAUGAAGCCGGUCAACUUUAUGGGCUGGAGAAAUUCUGGGCCUUCUUGAAAUAUUCCAAAGCCAAAAAUUUGGACAUUGACCCCAAACUUCAAGAAUACCUCGGCAAAUUCCGACGUCUCGAAGACUUCCGAGUGGAUCCCCCCAUGGGUGAAGAGGGCAACCACAAGCGACACCCAGUGGCAGCAGGAGGUGGUGGCGGUGAGGGCAGGAAACGGUGCCCCUCCCAGUCUUCCAGCCGGGCCACCGCCGUGCUCAGCCAACCCCCCACCCCACCCACCGGCCAGCCCAUCCAGGACGAUGCCAAAUGGACAAGCCAGCACUCGGACACACAGACUUUGGGAAAGUGAAAAACCCGUUAGCCCUAGGGGGGUUUCGGGGGAAGGGGGUGGGCAAGAGUCCAUGGGGGUGCCCAGUCCCAGGAGAGCGGACAGAGAAGGGCCAGGCCUCGAGUCAUUAGGACGGGCCUUUGUGCUGAGUAGCAAUGUGUACACCAUCUGGGUUAUCAGAGGGAGCCUGGGCAGGAGCCGCCAUAUACCUUCUUCCCCCUCCUCUCUCCAUGACUCUUCUUCACAUCCUAGCUUCUUCUAAGGGGGGGGGAAGGGGGGAGAUUUUUAUAUAUAUAUAUAUAUAUAUAUAUACAUAUAUAUAUAUCAAGUUUUAAAUUAUUGAUAGUUUGUCUGGAUUACCAAAAUCACUCUGCAGCCCUGCCCGCGGCUGGUAGGCCGCAACCCUGGUUCCCAUCCCACAGCCUCCUGCUCCCCCUCAAGCCAACUAUGCAGCCCACAAGAAGGCCCUGUGGGCCCCAUUGCCCAGUACUGUCCCGUGGAAGGCUCUGGCAGCGCCCCUGGGCCCCAUGAGCACCAGCUCCUUUGUCACCUGGGGCUUGCCAUCACGGUGUUCUGUUCUCUCUCUGCUGUCCCCACCAUGCCCUUCUGCCAUCAUCAGGAGAAGGAAACCAAAGGAUCUAAAAGUGGAGGCGGGGGCAGGUUGGGCCUCGCCCCACUCUCCUCUCUCCAUGCCCCUUAUUCCCCAGCCCAGAGAGACUCUGCUCAUACCAGGAAAGACUAUUGAAAGAUGAUUUAUUUUAUUUUUCUCUGACCUUUUCAUCCUUGGAGAAAGAAAAAAAAAAUACAAAAUCGACCAUAAAAGACAAAAAAAAAAAAAAAAUCCGAAACCCCCACCUAAUCCACAGAAAGUGAUGUCUUUCCCCUACCCUUGGAAUUCGUUUUGUUUUGUUUUGUUCUUGGAAAUAAUAUUUUUUUAAAAGUUGCCUUAUUGUGGAGCGGGAAUCUGAACUACCCAAAUGCCUGUUUUCCUCGGCGGAGUCAACUUGAAGAGCCCCCACCUUCUCUGGAUGUGCCUGGGCUGGAUGGGCUAGAAGCUUUCUCUGGACUGAGUUGCAUGUACGGUGCCUCCUGCCUGGAGGCAAGAGAGUUAGGGGCGGCUUGGAUGAGAGCCGUGCCCAAAAUAUCCCUGCUGUUGCAUCGUUUGAAGCUGACGUCCUGUGUCUGUACACUGCUGCCACUGUCGUGUCGUCACUCUGCUUGCUGUUGCCUCACGCCAGGCCCUGUCCUGCCGUGACACCCUUCAUCCUGCCCUCGGAACCGCAAGGCCAAGUUUGCUUCAAACUGUUGGAGAAGAGUAUUGGCCUGGAUCUGGGGCACACUUGUCCUCAGCUUGACCAUCUCCCCACCUCAGGGGAAAGGUGAACACCUGGCUGCGGAGGCUUGGAAAUGUUUCUGGUGUUGCCCUGAAAGAUCUUUGAGACUUCAAGGAAGCUUUGUCUCAUAAAAGGUGGAGGAAAAUGCCAUUCUUCUCCCCUGGUGGGGUCUCCCCAUAUUGCACCCCCUCUGCGAGUCAUCUCUGCCCAUCCUCCAGUUGACCCUGCUUGGGAACGAGGGAUGAGGAGGAGGUGGGGGUUCGGGGGAACCCUGCCAGUUGGAGAAGCCCCACGGCAGGAAGGUAUAUGUGGACAUAGAGUAUACCUGACUUCUCUUCUCCAGCCAUGGACUGCUUGAGUUGGGCUGUGAAUGACAAUGGAUGGCUGGAGUCUUUUGGCAUCUAAAGUGUGGGAGGGUGACGAAGGACUGACCCACACAGACUGGGCUGUGUGUCAGGUGCGGGCGUGACGGUGCAUUCACCCCCAGUGGGGACCAGGAAGCACAGAGAAGUUCAUGGUGGUGUUGCUCCAUCGCUGACACUUCCUUGGCCCUCUUUCUCAACUGUUCCCUCUGUUGGGCCCAAAGGCGGGGAGUAGGAGAUGGUAUCCCAGGCUGGCAAGGGCUUGCGUCUGUCUUAGCCACCUCACUGCUUUUGGCCUGCACCCUCCCCAUCUCUGCCCUCCCAGUGGACUAGUAUGUGGGAAGCCCAUCUCAGUUCCUGUGACCCAGUUGUCUCCAAAGCCAAGAACGAGUGUCUGAUCUCCGCUCUGACAAUGGGAGCCGAGGCCUUUCCCUGCCCAGUCUGGCGCCUGCCCACACCGUGUCAGACACUGGACUCCUGCACCCCAGCGUCGUCCUUGCUUUGUUUCCCCCUUUCUUUGCUUCAGGUUGCUCGGCCCUGUACUGUAUCCAGCACCACAGAAACCUCAGUGUUUGUCCUCUGCUGGGUUUGGGGGCACAAGGAAGCCUUCGGGGUGUGGGGAAAGGCUGUUCUAAUCUAGAGUUUACUACCAGGCCAGGGGGCUGCCAUCUUCUCCCUGAUCCUCCCAUAGACAUCCCAGAAAGAGGAAGCCCGUUUGGGGUGAAGAGGUGAGGACUUCAUCUCAGCAUAGACUGACGAUGGGGAGGAAGGAGACUUUUUUUUCUUUCUUUUAUUUUUUUUGUAACAUGUUAGGAGUUGAUGUUGCAAAGAGUAGUUUACAUCUUCACUUUCUGAAGACACUUGAAUUUAGGACCGAUGUAUCUGUGACAAACAUGCCAGGAGUGGCAGGGGCCAUCAGGGAUUGCCACUUUACACCCACCAUCCUCCCGUGGAGAUCCAAGAUCUGAGACAAAGCAACAGCCUGCCCAAAAUCCCGUUCAACCCGUACCCUUCCAGGAUUGGCCCAUGCCAACGCAACCUUUGGGCAUCAAACAUCAGGUCUGUGUGCCUCAACCCUGCCAAGGGGCAAGUUUCUCUUUCUCCCUCUCCUAAACCUGGGAGCAAAUGCACUACCAGUAGAGAGGGGCUGCCCAGCCCUGCCGCAUCCUGGACCCCUGGGGCUCAGAUCCAGUCGCUGAGCCCGCCAUGUCAAAGUUGUUACGUUUUGUUUUGUUCCAUUGUAGCUCUUUUUCCCCCGUUUCCUAAUUGAUUAUACAAAAGAAAGUAAGCUGCUCAGAAGGCCCCCGGAGGUGGGGAGGAGGGGCAAGGAAGACAACUAGCUAAGGAGGGGUGGGGUGGUUUUUUUUGCCAAAAGCCUGGGUAGAGUGAUCUGGUUCAUCUGGUGCCCUCCUGCGUGGGACUCCAAAGUACCUCCUGUGUGCAAGGGUCCCUGGAUUUGCCCCAGCCCCACCCUCUCCUUCAGCCGUGUUGGUGGCAGAGGCAGAGAAGAUUGGAACUUACAGUCCAUUUCUCACUGGAGAGGAAAACUUGUCAUCUGGCUUUUGUGGAGAAGGUUCUACCUUAUGCUCAUAGUACAUUAUCUUUACCAUGUGCUAGGAUAUCACAUUAAAAGGACAAAAAUAAAAUGUAAAAUACUUGAAUGAGCUUGUAUUAUAACAUUAAUAUUAUUGAGAGUAUCUGCUUUCCAGGCUGAAGUGAUUUCAUUCAUUAUUCUAGUCCUGCUUUAGUCCUUUGUAAUUUGUGGUAAUUAUGCUUUUCUUUUUAAUACAAAAAAAUGUAUAAAAAUAAAAACUUGAAAAGGCA